CUACACCAUGGAUCACGACAACACCGGAUCUUUAAUCCACUGAGCGAGACCAAGGAUCAAACCUGAAUCUUCCUGGAUCCUAGUCAGAUUCAUUUCCACUGAGCCACGAUGGGAAUGCCAUCCUUGGUCCAUCUUUGAAUCCUUCAUCUGGCCUCACUGGCUAUGAUCCUCUUCUCCGUCUUCAUCAGUGAUGACCGCUGGCUCCUGAUCAAGGACCGCCUCUUCAGGCUAUGGCACGUCCACAUUUGCUCCAACCAAACUGGGCUUCCCUGCCGCAGAGACCUGAGUCAGGCCCACGUGCCUGGGCUGGCCUGGGGCAUGGUCCUGGCCCAAAGCAUGGCCACCGUGGCUGCAGUGGUGGCCGUCUUUGGCCUGGAGCUCUUCACAACGUCCCAGGGCUCCUGAGUGUUGUGAUCUUGUGGGUCAUGCUGAUCGGCCUCUCCUUGACAUUCUGGAGCGAGUUCAUGGCCUCCUUCCUCUUCUUCCUGAACACCAUCCGUGCCCCCACUUCAACAAGCAUCACCCGUAUCAACAACAUCACUCAUCCCUAGGGCCAGCCUAUGACAUUUUAGGUCCCCUGCAGAGGACCUUGAAUUCUACCAGAAAGUGUGAUCCAGAUGGAACUCAGGAGUUCCCAUUGUGGCUCAGCAGUAAUGAACCCGACUAGUAUCCAUGAGGAUUCGGGUUUGAUCCCUGUCCCCCUUCAGUGGGUUAAGGAUCCUGCGUUGCCACCAUGGACAGCAUAGCUCCAAGAUGUGGCUUGCAUCUGGUGUGGCUGUGGCCGUGGCAUAGGCCAGCAGCUGCAGCUCCAAUUCACCCCCUAGCCUGGGAUCUUCCGUGUGAUGCAGGUGCGGCCCUAAAAAGAAAAAAACAAUG